AUGUCAGCUCCACCUCUUACAUUCUACGUCGAACAGUUCACCAGUGUCCCCGUCCCACCAACAGGUGCUCUGCUGGAGGGGAAGAAUGUCAUCAUCACAGGCGCCAACACGGGUCUCGGAUUCGAGACUGCAUUGGCAUUUGCCAAGAUGUCGCCUCGCAAGCUCAUCAUGACAGCGAGAAACAUGAAGGCGGGAGCCGAGGCGCUCGACAUGGUCCUCAAGGGAGCUCCCGGCGCCAAAGUUGACGUGUGGGAAUUGGAUUUGGCCAGCUAUGCAAGCAUCAAGUCGUUCGCGGCCAGAGUAGAGAAGGAAUUGGGAACGGUCGACUUGCUUAUGAAUAAUGCUGGGGUGAAUCUUGGCGCGGUGAAAGAGGCUCAAAUGACAGAAGAUGGCCACGAGUUAGGGCUUCAAACGAAUACUUUCGCUCCGAUCCUCAUCACACUUUCCCUUCUUGAUUGUCUCCGCAAGUCGACAUCCCCCAGAGUCGUUUUCACCACGUCCGAGGUGCACGCCUGGACGGAUGGCAAGGGGAUUGCAAAGACUGCUAAGGAGGGUAACGUGAUCAAAGGUCUGGACGCUAUUAGUCCGGUAGCCGGGUUCCCGCGCUACAUGGAGACAAAGCUCCUCCUUCAAAUGUCGGUACGAAAUUUGAUUCAGGCGCUACCAGACAUCACCAUCAUCGCGGUCAAUCCUGGGCUCUGCAAGACUAGCUUUGGCAGGCAUUUCGGUCGAUCGUGGACCAGUCCAUCUCACUGGGGCACUAUGCUUUGGAUGACAGUGAUUGCGAGGACUGGCGAAGCCGGCGCCAGAAAUCUGAUCCACGCCGCCGUGGGUGAUUUUGAAUCUGUCGAGUACUUCACAUGUGCCGAACCCGCAGCGUCCCCUUCGACAUUUAUGCCCAAGGCCACUGGACUGGCAGUCAUCAAGCAGUACUGGGGAGAGCUUCUGGAGGAGAUGGAAAAGGCUAGACCUGGAUGUACAAAGAGUCUCCAGUCAUUGUAUCCAUAG